AUGAAGGAUAGUCCUGUAUCUUGGACAGUACCAUCUAAUUAUUCCUAUGUUGACCCUCAUGGUCCCCCACAUUGGUCAAGUGAUUUGGGCGAAGCUGAAAUACCGGACUUUGGAAUUCAAGUUUCCUCUAACAACUCAUUUCAAGGAACGCAAGCGCACUG